UGCUCUGGGCUGCCGGCCCCCAGAGAGGGCUGCUCCUGAGCUGCUGCAUGCUACUUGCCCAGGGCUCCCACCAGCUGGGUGCAGGGCCUCAUCCCCCACUGUCUCUCUGAGUUGCCAUUGAGGCUGGGGUCAGAAGGUCCUGGGGGCUCAUCCUGCAUGAACCACUCCUCCUGGUCCCUGAGCUGGGCUGAUGGUGGCAGAGGGACAGACAUUGCAUACCUGAAGAGGGACUGAGACUACAGAGGAUGGACCUCUGCAUCUGGGGGCCUUGUGCAUGGCCCACUGGGGGUCUGGCCGGCCCUAAUGUUCCUGUAGAGGCCAGCCCAGGAAAGACACUUGGGGGCCUCUGUUAGGGUUCCAGGCUCUGUGGAGUCUCAGAAGAUACCUCCAAAAGCUGCCCAUCUGAAGUCGGGGCAGCUGAGUUGUACUAGGCACAGGAGGCACUCGCCUGAGCCCUGGUCCAUGCCCAGGCCAUGCUCCUACGGUGGAACCCAGACAGAUGGUUGAUGCAGACCUGGAGGAGGCAGGGAGCCCGGGCAGAAAUAGAAAGGCUGGGCUCCAUCCAAAAGCCCAGAUGCACAGCGGAGGGCAGGCGAGAGCUGGGCCUGGACACCGGACAGUGGGCAGAGGGGUGCUGGGCAGCCCCUAGGCCUGGGGGCAAGUAAGAUGGGGCUGGGCUGCCUCCUGACCUACUGUACAGCCUGGGAGAGACUGGUUCCCUCUCUGGGACCCGUCCAGCCCCAGGGACAAUCAGGGAUUCAGACCCCGAGCCUCAGGGGGAACAAUGGAGCCCUUCAAGGCCCUCCCCCCACAUUGUGCUUGGUGGUGAGAGGUGGCCCUGGGUCGGGCCCUGGACUUAGCCGGGUGCACACCCUCAGGAGGGCUGGUGUCCAGACGGCCAGCAGGUGGAAGGGCUCAGAAGGACUUGUUUCCUGGCCUGGAGAAGGUAGGGUACCACCAGGGGACCAGGUUUGGGGUGCGCUUUGGGGCUGAGCAGCACCCUCUUCACUCUGGGCCCAAGGUCUCAGGGGCCUGGACUCAACUGUCUUGGAACAGCCAACCCCAGGAGAUAACGGGUGCUGAGCCUGGCUGGGUGGCCCUCCAUUCUGGGUGUCUGUCCAUCUCAGGCCCACUGCCCUCACAGGGCCAUCAGUCUGGGUGGUGAUUCAGCUGCAGUAAGACUCAAGGGUGGGAGGAGGUAGAGGCAGAAGUCUGCCCCUCGCCCUCCCCCAGAAGCUGCUCAGGCCAGCUGAUGAGCAAGGGGGGAAGGGGGUGGGCCCCCGGGCAGCUGGGACCCCUCAGGCCAUGUGGGACUGGCCAGCCCCUGCCAGCUAAGCAGCUGCAGUGUAUCCAGAGGCUGGGGCCUUGGGCUAUUCAGCCCUGGGGGGAGGUUGGGGAGCCCCACCUCUUCCACACGGGCAGACAAGCGGUAGUUGGUACACCUGCCUGCUGUCCACACUGCUCUUGGUUUAGCCUUUAUGUGGCCGGGGGCACCUCCUAAACCCUUGUGGCCGCCUGCUAGGUCCUGCGUCCUCAGACCUGGGUCCUGGAGGUUAGCAGAGCAGAACAGACUCCUGUUCUCCAGGAGCGGCACCCAUUGCACCACAGAUGUCCCAUCCCCCGCCCCUAUGACCAACAUGAGCUGGAGCUUCCUGACGCGGCUGCUGGAAGAGAUCCACAACCACUCCACGUUCGUGGGCAAGGUAUGGCUCACGGUGCUGGUGGUCUUCCGCAUCGUGCUCACGGCGGUAGGCGGUGAGUCCAUCUACUCCGACGAGCAGACCAAGUUCACGUGCAACACGCGGCAGCCGGGCUGCGACAACGUCUGCUACGACGCUUUUGCACCCCUGUCCCACGUGCGCUUCUGGGUUUUCCAGAUUGUGGUCAUCUCCACGCCCUCCGUAAUGUACCUGGGCUAUGCCGUGCACCGCCUGGCCCGCGCCUCACAGGACGAGCGCCGCCGCGCCUCUCGCCGCCGACCAGGCCGCCUCGCGCCCCGCGCACCCCUGCCGUUGCCCCCACCGCCCCACCCGGGCUGGCCCGAGCCCGCAGACCUGGGCGAAGAGGAGCCCAUGCUGGGCCUGGGUGAAGAGGACGAGGAGCCGGGGGCGGCCGAGGGCCUGGGCGAAGAUGAUGAGGCUGAGGACGCGGGUGCAGCCAAGGGCGCAGGAGGGGACCCAAAGGCGACUGGGGUCCCAGGCCCGGCAGGUCAGCAUGACGGGCGGCGGCGCAUCCAGCGCGAGGGCCUAAUGCGUGUGUACGUCGCCCAGCUGGUGGCGCGGGCCGCCUUCGAGGUGGCCUUCCUGGUGGGCCAGUACCUGCUGUAUGGUUUCGAGGUGCGGCCCUUCUUCGCGUGCAGCCGCCAGCCCUGCCCGCACGUGGUUGACUGCUUCGUGUCACGACCCACUGAGAAGACAGUCUUCCUGCUGGUCAUGUACGUGGUCAGCUGCCUCUGCCUGGUGCUCAACCUCUGUGAGAUGGCGCACCUGGGCCUGGGCAGCGCGCAAGACGCUGUGCGCAGCCGCCGCCCCCUGCCCACCACCCCUGGCCCCAUGCCUCGCCAGCAGCCCUGUGCUCUGCCCGCCGCGCCUUCGGGCCUGGCCUGCCCGCCAGACUACAGCCUGGUGGUGCGCGCGGCUGAGCGCGCACGCACCCACGAUCAGGACCUGGCCAACCUGGCACUGCAGGCGCUGCAGGACCGGCGGUCGCUUGGGGACCUCGACAGCCCACCAGGCCCUGGCCUUCCAGCAACCGCCCGGGGGCCCCCGAGGGCCGGCGCCCCUGCCUCCGGGUCGGGCAGUGCCACGUCGGGGGGCACUGCCGGGGGCCAGGGCCGGCCAGGGGCCAAACCCAGGAUGGGCUCUGAGAAGGGCAGUGGGAGCAGCAGCAGGGAGGGUAAGACCACCGUGUGGAUCUGAGGCCUGCCUUGGCUGCUGUCCCUCCUCCCUCCUCACCAGGGCCGAGGUGGAGGGCUCUGGAGGAAGUCUAGGGGCUGGACACCGCCUAAGGGGCAGAGCACAACCUGCCCUCCUCCUCCCCCUCAGGUGGCUGCUCUCCCCCUCGGGAGGGGGCGGAGGGCACCAGCCUGCUCUGCAUCACUGCCCCGCCCUGCCUGAGCCCCAUCUUCAUCCAGGAUAGGGUGGGGAAGGUAGGCCUGGGAAUCACGAAUGGUCCCCAGCUCUGAUCCAUAAGCCCUGAUGGGUAGGUGGGACUGCGGCUGGGGCAUUUCCACCCUCCCAGAGCCACCCAGCUGGCCACCUCAGGACAAGGCCACCCUCCAGGAGAGAGCGCCACCCCCUCCUGCCCCGCUUUCCCUGCAGUAGCCCAUGUGUAACUGCCCAGGGGUGCUUGGCCUGGGUCUUGGGGAGUACUGUGCUUGUCCUCACUCCCUGCCCAGCAAAUGGGGCUCUUUUCCUAGCACCCACACUCUUCUAGCCCAGGUUCUGGUUCUUGCAGAGCUGAAAGCAAUGCCAGGUCUUCCUUGUACAGAAGGGAAAACAGAGACCACAGUGGGCAGAGGCCCCUGCGCCCAGCCCUGGUCUGUACCACCUCCUGCCUCACCCCCACUAGGCCCCAAGCAUGAGCUGCCUCGAGUGCCAGGUGGACCUGCACCCUGCUUCCUGUUCCCUGCCCAGACAGAUCUGGGGCUCAGGCCCUGCUUGGGCCCCGGGGUGGAUGGGACCAUGCCCUCUCCAGCUCCUGUGCUGGCCUGGCGUGGCCCCUUCCUCUGGGACAUACUUGAAGUUCUGAAGCGACAUCGGCCCCCCUUGCCACUCAGACCAACAGGAUGGUGGUGAGGGGCUACGGCUUUGCGCAUGCUAGGGGAAGGCACUCUGAGGCUCCCGCCACAGCCUCUUCCCUCCAGCCCCCUCUCCAAU